AAAAGCGCAGACAAGAGAGAGAAAUCGGAAUCCAAGCGCAACCAAAAGAGAAGAGGGCAGACACGAGGGAGCGCGUGGGGGGAGAGGGCAUGGUCUCUCUCGUCCCGGCAGUCCCGUCUCAAGCAAAAGCUCUCUCCUCUUCUUCCGCUCAGUGCACCAAUCACUGCAACAUACUGGCCUGAGGUCAUUGAGUUGGUGAAAGGGAAGGAGGGGGUAUCAUGGGCAUCUCAUCCAAGUGGAUUAAAUCCUUGGUUGGCAUAAGGAAGCAAGAAAAAGCGCAGAAUGCAGAAAAGCAAGAAAAAGGGUGGAACGCUGAGAGCAGUGAAACUAAGAGCUCUGCUAAUCAAUCACUGCACAAACGGAAACAUUCUUUGGAUCCCGGAGCUGCACUUGCAGUCGAAGAAAUUACAGUACAAAGUGAAGCAUUGACUGAUAACAAAAGCGCACAAAUGGUUUCAAAUUCAUUUUUUUCAGACAGUACACCGCUUGAUGUGCACAUUUCUCAGGCUGAACAUCAUAGUAACGAAGAUUUGGCCGCAACUGUUGUCCAGUCUGCGUUUCGAGCGUUCUUGGCUAGGCGUGCUUUACGAGCUUUGAAAGGAAUAGUUCUACUUCAAGCCCUUAUUAGGGGCCAUUCUGUUAGAAGGCAGACAGCAGAGACGCUUCAGUGUAUGCAAGCGCUGGUAAAAGCAAAAGCUCGUGUCCGAGCAAGACAAGUUCGUGUUGCCUUAGAAAAUCAAGUGGCACGGAAAAAGAUUCCUGAACAAGAUGAUCAUGAGAACCAUGUCCGAGAAGUCGAGGGAGGCUGGUGUGGCAGUAUUGGUUCCAUGGAGGAAAUGCAAGCUAAAGCACUGAAAAGACGAGAAGCUGCUGCUAAGCGUGAGAGGGCAAUGGCAUAUGCUUUGACUCAUCAGCGGCAAGCUGGUUCCAAGCAACAAAAUUCUUUGAGCCUGCAAGGUCUUGAACUUGGUGAGAACCACUGGGAGUCAAAUUGGUUAGACAGGUGGAUGGCUGUACGUCCAUGGGAGAACAGGUUACUUGACUGUAAUGCCAAAGAGAGUCUGCCAACGCAUGAAGAUAAGGAUGAGGAAGCAAAUUCUCAGAUCACACCAAAGGGUAAAGUGUCAACUUCAAAUACUCCUGGUCUGAGCAAGAAGAAAGGUGUUAACCACAAAAAGUCAUAUUCAGAUGUUAGUUGUACUUCAUUUGCACGACCAGCAAAUGUAUUACCAUCCACAUCUUUAGGAUCAUCCAAACAGAAGGCAAAGGCUGUGGGUGAAGUUUUUGAGGAAGUCAGCUCCCAGCCAACAGAUAUAGGUUCUAAGGAUGUGCACAAUUCAAAAGAUAAGCUUGUGCAAGUGAAUGGACCAGCCAAGAAGCGGUUAUCCCUCCCAAAUAAUGUUGGCAGAGAAUCAGGGAAGGGACCAACCCGCAGGAAUUCGCUUAACAGGUCUGCUCCAAAAGCACGGGCGGACUCUCCUAACCAGGGUGAUGAGUUAGAGGCCUGAUAACACAUUCCUCCAAUUUGACGUCGGCAAGCCAUCCUAAAGUGUGCUUCUCCAGGUUGCCCAUAACGUAACAUUCCCAAACGAUAUCAUGCAGCUAGAUUUGGGUUGUGAUUCAUAUUUCUGUUGUGUAAUGCUGUGGUGUGUUGUGCCUUGUGUGGCCUUUUAUUCCGCAUCGCCAAUUUUCUUAUGUUUCCAGCUUCCCUGUAAGUUGUUCUAACUGCUGAAACUAAAAGAAGGAAAUGUGCUGUAUUGUGUUUAUGUGUUGAAGUUUCUCGGGAACUUCGAUCC